GAAGCUGUCAUUUGCUCCCCUUUAGUCCAAGCAGGAGUUUCCCUACAAAACCGAAAGGAAUUAAACGACAAAUGUAACAGUUUGACAGAAAGUCGAAAUGGGAAUUACACUAAGACACUCUCUUGGUGUUAAACCGUCAAAAGCGCUUCUGUUGUUGCCUUUUCUGUUGACAUUCGUGCUCGUCGGGAGCCAAGGCGAGAGCAAUGCAAUGGACAACGUCGCAACUGAGAGGAUGGCUGAGGAGAGCCAUCGUCAGGACAGUGCCAAUCUUCUCAUAUUCAUAAUGCUCUUAACACUCACCAUUUUAACUAUAUGGUUGUUCAAACACCGGCGAUUUAGGUUCCUGCACGAAACAGGACUCGCCAUGAUCUAUGGCCUGUUGGUGGGUGUGAUCCUGCGGUUUGGUGUCCACGUGCCCCAGAGCAUGAGUGACUUGGUCCUCAGCUGUGCAGUCAACGCCAGUCCUGCUACUCUGUUGGUCAACGUCAGCGGCCGAUUCUACGAGUACACUCUGAAGGGGGAAGUCAGCCGGAGCAAAGGGCACCAAGUUCAGGAUGAUGAGAUGCUGAGAAAGGUGACCUUUGACCCAGAGGUGUUUUUCAACAUUUUGCUGCCUCCCAUCAUCUUCCACGCUGGUUACAGUCUGAAAAGGAGACAUUUUUUCAGAAACAUUGGCUCCAUCCUGGCAUAUGCUUUCAUGGGAACAGUUGUAUCAUGCUUUGUUAUUGGGUUGAUCAUGUAUGGCUUUGUUUCCUUCAUGAAAGUUGUGGGUCAGCUAGCGGGAGAUUUUUACUUUACUGAUUGCCUCUUCUUUGGGGCCAUUGUUUCGGCAACAGACCCAGUGACAGUGCUGGCUAUCUUCAAUGAGCUCAAGGUGGAUGUGGACCUGUAUGCUUUACUCUUUGGGGAGAGUGUCCUGAAUGAUGCUGUGGCCAUCGUCCUCUCUUCCUCCAUUGUGGCGUACCAGCCUGCGGGAGACAACAGCCACAGCUUCGAGGCCAUGGCCAUGCUGAAAUCCUUCGGCAUCUUCCUGGGUGUCUUCAGUGGAUCCUUUGCUCUUGGAGUGGCCACUGGAGUCAUGACUGCUCUCGUGACCAAGUUCACUAAGUUGCGGGACUUCCCCUUGCUGGAGACGGCUCUCUUUUUUCUCAUGUCCUGGAGCACUUUCCUGUUGGCUGAGGCCUGCGGGUUCACAGGUGUGGUAGCUGUGCUCUUCUGUGGGAUCACUCAGGCUCACUACACCUACAACAAUCUCUCCCCGGAAUCUCAGGACAGGACCAAACAGUUGUUUGAGCUGCUGAACUUCCUGGCAGAGAACUUCAUCUUCUCCUACAUGGGUCUGACUCUCUUCUCCUUCCAGUCACAUGUUUUCAACCCUUUGUUCAUCAUUGGAGCCUUUGUGGCAGUGUUUCUGGGCAGAGCAGCAAACAUCUAUCCUUUGUCCUUCCUGCUCAACCUGGGCCGCAAGAACAAGAUCGGGUCCAACUUUCAGCACGUCAUGAUGUUUGCAGGUUUGCGUGGGGCGAUGACCUUUGCUCUUUCCAUCCGAGACACAGCGACGUACGCUCGUCAGAUGAUGUUUUCAACUACCCUCCUCAUUGUCUUCUUUACCGUCUGGAUCUGUGGCGGGGGCACCAUGCCCAUGCUGUCAUUCAUGAGCAUACCGGUGGGUGUGGACUCUGAUCAAGAAAACUCUAGUUCUGCAGUGUUGGAUGGGACACAGCGGAGGAACACCAAACACGAGAGCGCGUGGCCCUUCAGGAUCUGGUAUAACUUUGACCACAACUACCUGAAACCUCUCCUGACCCAUAGCGGUCCUCCUCUCACUGCUACUCUGCCUGCUUGUUGUGGACCGCUGGCACGAUGCCUCACCAGCCCACAGGCCUAUGAGAAUGAAGGUCCGCUCCAUGACGAUGACUCUGACUUCAUCCUGAACGAUGCCAACGUGAGCUCCAUGUACGCCGACGUCACCGUCAGCACAGACGCAUCAGGAUCCCACACUAUAAACCGUAAGCGCUCCACCGCCAGCAUCGGGGGCGGCCCGUCUGAUGAGGGUCUGGAUCACGAGCUCGCCCUGGCGGAGCAUGAGGUUGCAAUCAGGGGCACCCGUCUGGUCCUGCCGAUGGACGACCCAGUGGAGCCCCCGACCACCGUCACCCUGCCCCCGCCGCCCUCCCCGCCACGCUCUGACCCUCGCAGACACAGACUGACUGCUUGGUGAUGAAAGGCUGUUGUUGCGAACCUUUUCCUAAAAAGCACUAUGACUCUUCCCACUGAAGGUACAUUGUACAGCAGGGAAGUCACGGGGGAGGUAGAUGUUCAUUCCAGGAGUUUGUCGUCCUCUACAGUGUGUGCAUGUUAAAACAAUAUCUCCUUCCCAUACUGUAGCAGACGCUUGUACUUUAUACUCGGAAACUAGAGCUUCCCUGUGUGUGAAUUUUGUGUGUUUGUGUGUGUUUGUGUGUGUGUGUGUGUGUGUGUGUGUGUGUGUGUGUGGGGCUGAGGCUGAGGCUGAGUGUGUGGCUGAUCUGGCCAAAUCAACUGCUGUGGUUAUUAGGGCUAAUGUCUUUCUGGGUUUUCUGUCGUCAUCUGGUUUAAUCAUCUUUAAAUGAAAAAAAAAAAACUGCCAUGUCUCUGUGAUGUUGUAUCAUCAAAGAUGACUGAGGGCUGGCUGAACUGUUCUGAAUUAAAGUGCCUAUUCAUAAAUUGAAUUAACUAAUGUAGAUUUGUACAUAUUUGAUUUGCUAAUGUGAAGUAAGAUGAUCUUUUUGGUUUUUAUAUGACACUAAACCCUUUGAUGUUAUAUAUUGUAUUCCCAGUAUAAUUAGGCCAUUAGGCGAGUGCCUGCAUUUUAAUAUUUGUCUUAAACAGUGCAAACUAAAAUAUUAUACUAAUUAAUGGAAAAAAAAACUCUUAAUAUUUUGUCAGAUAUAAUCUUUUUGUGUACUUUUGGAAAAUGUAUACUUUGUCAAAAAAGUACAUGUGGCUUUUUAAAUGAAACAAUUAGGAACUCAAUUUGAAUUUGAAGGUGAAGGGAAAGAUAUAGUAGUAGUACACAGGAGGAUGACACAGACUUUUUACUGAUGCAUUGUCUGUUUUGCACCUUUUUUGGCAAUUAAGCUCGUCUACUCUGUUCCCACCUCAAUGAGAGGCAUUUUGCACCAUGUUAUCUCCUUAGAUCCUUGUUUAUCCUGUUUUCUGCUGAGCAGGCCCAUCUAACAUAGCAAGGCUAAUUUUUAUGACUUCCUGGUCAAAAUUAUAUUUUUAAAUGUGAAAAUGUUUGUUUUAAUUGUAUCAACAUGAUCUUCAAGCAGUAUUCUUAAUAUGAGGUUUGGUGUCUGUAUAAUCACCCAGACAAAUGAACAUGAGUGAAUUUGCAUUUGUUUUCUUUUAGUAAAGUACUCUUUGAUUUUCAUUUGUUUGCUAAAUGUAUUUGAACCAUAAAACUUUGUUUAUAUGGGAAUUUUGAAGAAACAGUUGUAACCUUACAAUAGCAGCCACAACUAAAAACCUGAAAAUGUUAGACUAUGUUUCUGCUGUUUGUAGAAACUGUUCAUGACAGUUAUAUUUGUGAAAAGUACACCUGCAAUAGGCCUAUAUGUGAAUGUUUUUAAAAUGUGAACUUAUGUUGAAGGGAAAAAUAAUCUCAUAUUUAAUAGAUUUUUUCCCUGUGUAGUCCUCAAGUUAUUAACAGUGUCUUCUAAGUCAGACAUCUUGCGAGUGUACUGGAAAUAAAUAAAAACAACUCGUGAAAUUGA